AUGGAAGCAACAGCCCCCUACCUGGAACAUCCACCCAAACGCAAGCGUGAAUCGUCCUUGAGUCAAUCUGGUCCUGCUAACGAAAGCAGAGGCGCAAAACCCAUAGAGUCACCUAAUCAAGAUUCCACACAGCCGGAACCUCCCACCAAUGAUGAGAAAGUGCUAUCAGUCAUGGAGUCUUUCAGACCCUUGGCCCGUGAGCUGGAACGAUUGGACGAGAAGGACCCCAUUCUAGCUGCCCAGGCAGCACGCCUCGUAGCCCUCUACCGGCGCUUGUGGGAGUCCUACGUCGCCAAGAAUGCUGAAAGUCAGCGCCUCGACAAAGAAAACCAGCAGCUCAAGAACGCCAAUGCCAGCCUCUCUGAUAAGAACCAGCAGGCAGAACACCAUUUUUUGGAAUAUAAUGUCCUGCUUUCCCAUUACAAGGAAGCACACCAGAAGAUCGAAAAUGGUAUCAACGGGGUCUUGGAAGGUUUGAAGGGGUCCCUAGUCGACUCUGCAGAUGCUGCCCAUCAGAAGCAAGAUGGUUGA